AUGGACACAGAUUUCCAGUCCGACUACGAGAGCUUCCUGGCUAACAGCGCCGCCGCAUCCGCCGGCGAAUGCUCCUCCGACGACAUCUCCACCUUCAACUCAAUGUUCUCCAACGUCAGCCUUCUCUCUCUCCUCACCUCCACUCCCAACCAGGAUGCUCUUCUCUCCUCUCUUCCUUUACUCUCCGACUUCACUUCUCUCUCCUCCUCCUCCACUACCAUCCCUCCUCCGCCCGGUUUCGUCUUCUUCCCCAACGCCAUUACUCCCAAACCCGAACCUCUGCCCUUCACUGACUUCACCGACGAAACAAACCAUCUUCCUCGUCCGCCUCAGCCGCCGGUGACGCCGACGCCGCCUUUUAAUUUCAUGUUUGCUGACACCGAAUCUCCGGCGUUCCAUCACUUACCGGAUCUCCUCUCGCUCGACCACUUCUCCCCCUCCGCCGCUGGAGAGGAAUACUCGCCGCCGUCGUCUUCGUCGCUCAAACGCUUGCGUGCCGACUCCACCAGCACUUCUCAUCACCAGGCUUCCCCUCCUCCACCGCCGCCGCCUCCGAUGGUUCCGCGGGGAAGUGCUCUGGCGAGGCAGCGGCGGCAGAAACUCAGCGACAAGACUCGGUGCCUCCAGAAGCUUCUUCCCUGGGACAAGAAAAUGGACAUGGCGACCAUGCUUGAGGAGGCGUACAAGUACGUCAAGUUCCUUCAGGCUCAGCUGGCCGCCCUCCAGUCCAUGCCCGCCGUCGCCUCUUCAUCCUCAUCCGCCGGCGUCGAGUCUUUCGGUGGGCUGGGAAGGCUGAACGGGAACCAGCUAUUGCAGGUACUGGUGAACUCGCCGGUUGCUCAGACCACGCUCUACUCUAAGGGUUGCUGCGUUUUCUCCGUGGAGCAGCUGGGCUUGCUCGAGAGGCUCGCCGACAUGAGCAGAAUCACGAGUUCUGUUGCUCGCAAUUCUCUUCCCCCGAAUAGGUUUUGA